AGCUUGGAAGCGGUUUUCUUGAGGAACAAGGAGUAGGAGGAGAAUUCACAUAGCCACUCUUUCAGCACACUCUGGGAACGAGUUUUGACUGCGCUUCCUUUAGGUAGACGGCGGUUCCUAAAAGCCCGGGGUCUGACACUGCAGGAAAUUGAUACUGGAACUGUGUAUGAAAAUAAUCAUUUGCUGAGAACCCUGGACUUUUCCCUCAUCAUACCAGUGAGACUUUUUGGAGAGAAGAGAAGCGCUACACGUAAUACUAAAAGCUCACACACAUCUGGAUUGUGGUGUCUACGCUUGAAGAGCUUCAGUACUUUGUACAUUUUUCAUCUUCAUCCUGUCAAACGCCAGCAAGACUGGACCCACGUCUAAGGUUUUGGAUAUGGAUACCAUGAAGUGCAGCGUAUGGAUGUUUCUACCUCUUGUGAUGUGUCUGUUUACUACAACUGGACUCUGGAUAGUAUAUUUUAUUGCUGUAGAAGAUAAUAAAAUAUUUCCUUUAAACCUAGACAGGAGACCAGAUUCGAGAAGUCCACCUUAUAUAAGUAUUGCAGGUGAUGCACCUCCUGCAAGCUGUGUGUUUAGUCAAGUCAUGAAUAUGGCAGCAUUUCUAGCACUUGUCAUUGCUGUCCUUCGUUUCAUACAGUUAAAGCCGAAAACCUUAAACCCGUGGCUCAGUGUGAGUGGUCUUGUGGCGUUAUGCUUGACGUCAUUCGGAAUGACUUUACUUGGCAAUUUUCAGCUCAGAAGCAGCGAAGAAAUUCACAAUGUUGGUACAUCAAUGACUUUUGGUUUUGGAACCUUGGCUUGCUGGAUCCAGUCCAUCUUAACUUUCAAGAUAAACAUUAAAAAUGAGGGAAGAAAAGCUGGGAUCCCCAGAGUAAUUAUAUCUGCAACCAUAACCCUCUGCGUUAUCCUUUAUUUCAUUUUAAUGUCUCAGAAGCUUGAUGUUCAUGCACCAAGGGUCCAGUGGGUGCUAGUGAUGUGCUUCUUAAUCUUCUUUGGCACCUUGGCAGUAGAAUUCAGGCAUUGCCGAUUUGAAAUCAUUUGCAUUGAGAACCAGGAACACCAGGAAAUCUUCAACAGCUUCUCUGAGAACCUGUCUGAUAUGUCCGAAUACCAAACAGACCAGGUUUAAACCUCUUCUUGUGUGUGAUGACUGAUACACAACCAUCACGUUGGAACUUCUGUCCAUUAGACAUAGGAGAUAUAGCAAUUACUUUUAUAACUUGAAUUUUACGUGAAAAAUGGAAAUGACUAAGGAGAACCAUUCAAAUUCUCAAACUGCUCGGUUAAUUGUGCCACUGACUUUUGUUUUUUAUUAUGACUGCAGUUGGGAGUUGGAUCAGACUCAAUUUCACUUCAUAUUACUUUCAAGAAUUUAACUGAGUCAUCCGUUUAUUACAUAAUCUGUUUUGAGUUUGUGAUCUGUCACCGAUAUUUUAAAAUAUGGAAUUUUGUUUUACGAGAACAGAUUUACCAAGGCAUUGAAAUACUAUGAACUUACAUUAAAGACUUCUGAUUAUAGAGGACACAAGUCUGAGAAACUUCUACAUAUUAUUUUUUUCUUCUUUUUUGUUUUUACAGAGAAUAACUAUAAAAUAUAUUGAUGCCAUAAUGUGGGGUAUCCAUGCUGCACAUGUGAAUGAAAAUCUUUCGCUAAUCUAUUUUGAUGUCUCAACAACCAAAAUCACAAAGGCUGCUGAACUUCAAAAGAUGAAAGAACGUUUGAUUUAUCCAUUCAAUUUAUUUUUAAAAAUGUGAAACUAGAAAACUUUAUUUUGGUGGUCCAGUCUUGUCAAACAAAAAGUAGGAAAUAUUGUAAGUUUGCUAUGUUUUUGCUAAAACCAUUGAUGCUAUUGAAACAAAUUCAUUUUGAAAUCAUUACUUAGUCAAAUCCGAAGAUUUUAUAGAAUGGUGGAGGAUCACUGAAUGCUUUAAAGGCAAUAUACUUCCCUACCACUGACUUUCUAAUCAUAACUGAUAUCCCUUGUUGCGUACCACUAUAUUAGCCAGACUUAGGGCUCUAUUCACAAAAAGAAUUGAAGGUGUUUUGAAAUCUUUCAUUAACUAUACAUCAUAAAGGUCCAAACCCAGUGAGUAUCUCCUGCAAUAAGAGCUGAGUUAGCACUACGCAAUGCAUAGUUAAAGGAACAGUAUACACCAAUUUCCAUGUAACUGCAUGUAAUAGACAUUAAUAUAAAGAAGAAUAUGCACAGAUACUGAUCUAAAAAUCCAGUAUAAAACCUUUUAAAAACGUAAAAGCUCACAGUUUAGCUCUGUUGAUGAGGUUGGGACACUCACAGAAAGGGUCUGAGAAAGCAGAAAGGGCAGAUAAUUCCUCCUCCCCUGCAUAUGAAAAGACCCAUUACAAUACAACCAGGAGUCUGUAGAUCUCAGUAUACAUCUAAAACAUUGGGGUUUGCUUAGAAGUCUGAAAAUCAGCACAAUGUUAUUUAAAAAUAAGCAAAACUAUACAUUGUUACAAAAACACCCCAAAAUGGGCUAUUUAAACAGAUCAUCUACAAAACAUGUAUGCAAAGAAAAAUCUAGUGUACAAUGUAAUUGUAAUGCUUCAUGCAAGUCUCCGAUUUUAGGUGAAUUGUACACAGCAUUAACUAUGCAAUGUGCAAGGUUAACUUAGCUCUUCUUGUCGGAGAGACUCACUAGAAUUGGCCCUUCAUAAUGCAUAAUUAAUGGCAGGAAUUGAAAUAUUUCAAUUCACCUGCUAUUCACCUCUUAAUGAAUAUACCCCCAAGUUUUCUAGGGCAUCUUGUAUAUUACUUAUGUUUACAAAGCAAUGUUUUUAAACCAGAAGAUAUCAAGAAACCCAGAACUUGAAUAAAAAAAUGUCAACUGCCAUAUAGAUAUUUUAAGCAGUGCAACAAAGCUUUAAAAUGUUUUUUGUUUUUUCUAAUAUUUUUUUUUUAUUAAGUAAAUCAUUGGGAUUCAGGAGACAAGUUUUUUUUGCAAAUGUCCUGGUAUUAUGGAACACAGAGUCAUUUGAGAAAUAUUACAAAUAUAUUUUAACUUUAUGAAGCAGACCACACACAUCAGCCAGUACUGGAGUCUCAUUUUUUUAUCAAUUUGUCCAAGUAAAAAUAUAUUUUUUUGGGUAUGUUUAUAAAUCAUAUCAUUAUAAUCAUAGCGUAGGAAAAAAUUAAUAUAGUAUGUUUUUAAGCUGAUAUUUAGAAUAGUUGCGUAGCAGUAAUAAAUAUUACUGCUGCUAUGUCUUUUCAUAUAUUUUCUUCUGGUUACUUUUUAGUUCUUGAUUUUCUUUAUGUUUAAAGCAUAAAAUUAUCUUUGAUGAAAACUGUGAAAUGAAAGAUAUUGCAGUUCUGCAUAAAAAAUGUGAACAGAAAUGAAGACCAAAAUGCCAAAAAUAUUAAAACAAACAAAAAAAAUAAUAAACUGGACGCUAUAAAUCCGACUGCACUAUUAAAAGCAAUUACAUUUCCCUGUAUAGUCACAGAAUUUUCCGUCACUGGAACUCAAAGAAUGUGAAUAAUUGUUAUAAAUACUAUUGGAAUCUGCAAAUCCAAACAAGAGUACAGAAUAAUUCUGGGCCAAUACUAUUGAAUCUGUAAAUCCAAACAAAAGUAGAAAAAUUCUGGGCCAAAAUAAUAUAUCACAUCAUUUACUGAAAUAUUCAAACUCAGGCAAAAAUAAUAGAAUAUUUCUGCUCUGGUUACUUGCCCCAAAAUGUUUUGAUCUUGUUAUGAUAGUUUUCAAUAUUGAAUCACUUGUUACCAGUGCUUCUGAAGUUGCAAAAAUUAACAGCAAGAAAUGUAUUAACACAAUUAGGUAAAUACAAAAGUGGGGAUCCCCAGUGUGCAAAAUUCACUGAAAAACACCUAUACUUACAACAGAGUCACAUGACUUGUAUUAUCAUGUGACAUUAUGUGCUUAUCAUAUUAUAGAAGUACUACAGUAGAUAUUACAAUUGUGUAUGGGUUAUGCUUAGUGCAUGUUUGAUACAUAUGCAUGCACAUUUGCACAUGGAUAUACCAUAUAUAGAAUGUACUGUAUGCCAGACUGAACUCAAAAGCAACUCCAAGCUGUGAUAUUUUAUUCAAAUGCUCUUUUCAAAUUGUAUUCAUUGCUGGUCAAAGCAGCCAGGUGCCCUUUUAACAAUGUUUUAAACUGAAUGCAUUUGAUAUUAUUUGAAUUGCAAUUCAUUCUAUAGUGUUAUAUAGUAGGAUGCCCAACAGCUAUAGGAUUGCAACCAUGCCAGAAUUUAAAUGGAGCCAAAACGUUCUCAUUUUAAACAAGUCAUUAGAUUACAAUAAAUGUUGUUAAAGUUGGAGAAAAGCCAUUUCCUCAACACCCACCACGAUCUGUGUUUCUUAAUAGUAAAAAAAAAAAUAGUUGCAACUGUUUUAUUGCUUCAUUUGUAAACACAAGGGAUAGUAAUUAAACAAAUCUACACAUUUGCUCGUUUGCCAAAAGAUCCUCUCAGAAAAUUCAUGGAGAGUGUAGGAAUAAGGCUAUCGGUAAACUAUUAUUGACUUGUAAAACUAAUGUUCUUUAAAGAGACAUUAGCGAUUUUUAUUCUUUGCAGACUCUAAAAGAUGACAUUAUUUAAAGAAACAUGUAACACAUUUUUUUCUUUAGCGAUUCUGAUAGAGCAUAGAAUUUGAAACGACUUUUUAAUUUACUUCUAUUAUCAAAUGUUCUUCAUUCUCUUGGUAUCUUUUGUUGUAAAGCAUAGAGCACUAUAUGGCAGCAGCAGUCUUGCAAGGGUGUUAUCCACUUGCAAGAGCACUAAAGGGCAGCACUCUUUUCUGCCAUGUAGUGCUUCAGACACCCACCUAGGUAUCUCUUCAAUAAAGAAAACAAAUUUGAUAAUAGAAGUAAAUUGGACACUUUUUUUAAAAAAAAUGUAAGCUCUGUCUGAAUCACAAAAGAUAAAAUUUGGUUUUCAUAUCCCUUUAAUGCAUUGUUUGUUUCUGAAAAAAACAUGCUUCUAUACUGAUUUUUUUUUUUUAAUUAAUGCUUGUGAGGUAGGUUACUGACCAUCAAUAAAAACACAGGAGUCCUUAUAAGCCAGUGAGCAAUCAGUCUUUAGGGCCCAGCUGUUCAUACAUACACUUCCUGAUAACUUUAAAUGGACAUUAAACAUUAAAUAAAUGCUAGAUAGAAUGACGCAUUCAACGAAAAGAUUAGUCUGAGAAUAACAUGAAAAUAUAGUUUUUAACCUUUCAUUAGUUGUUUAAAUAUUGACAAAUUAAAUUUAAAAUUUUAGUGUCUAUAAAACAAUGGGAGCUGCCAUGUUGUAACUUAGGUUACCUUCUCUGCUGUGGCCAAUUAGGGACAGUUAUAAAUAGGUCACUAGAGUGUGCAGCCAAUGGCUGUGUGGAAUAUAACAGAGUUCUGCACUUCCAUUUCUAACAGAACCUGAAAAGCUCACAAUUUCAGAAUGGAAUUACAGAAAAGGAAGACAAAAUAAAGUAUAUUGCAAACUUU